GUGUUCUACUGGUUCCAGAACCACAAAGCUAGAGAGCGCCAGAAACGCCGCCGCCAAAUGGAAUCCGCCGCCGACAACUCCGCGGCCGCUCGCGAACUCCAAAUCAUUGAAGCCAAAGAUUCAGGGUCGGGAAGGACAGCGUAUGAAGUUGAACAGACCAAAAACUGCACUACACUUCCGGAGGAAUCUGUUCCAAUUCAACGGGCGGCAAAAGCAAGUGUAAUGGCAGGAGAUUGCUGCAGGACAGACAAUGGAUGGCUCCAAUUCGAGGAAUUGCACCAACGAAGGAACAACAACAAUACCUUUGCUGAAAAGAAUAAUAACAUUAUUGUUGCAUCCUCCUCGUUGCAGAUUAUGCAUUGUGCGGCGGCGCCCCUCGCCGGCACUGCCUCCACCACCACUGCCGCCACGGUCACCACAAUAUUGCAUCAAAAAUCCCAUCAUAAUAACAACAACAACAAUAAUGUUGGUGCACCCUUUAUUGUUGGGCUCGAGGAGGAGGAAGAAGAGGAAAUUUCAGGAGAAGAAGGAGAAGGAGAAACCCUACAACUUUUUCCUCUGUGCAGUGACACCAGAAUUAGCAGAAGCAGAAGCGGUGAGAUUAUUGGAGGUAAAACAGUAGAAACUUCAGGCAUGAAUAGUACUAAUCUGACUCCACUUCAGUUCUUUGAAUUCCUUCCUUUGAAGAAUUAGAAAUAACUUAAAUUAUUUACCACCUUCUUUAGGGGUAGAGCUUUUUAAUGGACACUAGUGGUAAUAUAAAUUCUUGGUUUCAAGUUUUUUUUUUUUUUUUUAACCUCCCAACUUUGCCAUUUAUGUAUUUAAGUUGGUGGGUUUUGUGUUCAACGGAUGCAUUGUAUAAGCUUGGAUAUUGGUCAACUCAAUUGUUUGCUUUCCCAUCUGGGAUUGGGACUUCGGGUUUUAUGUUUGAAG